CCUCCCUUCUCUUCCUUCACUUCCUGCAGUGGCACUCUGGUGCUGGCUUGUAAACAUGGCUACUGCUGGAGCAGCUGGAGACGACCUGAGGAAAGAGCUCACGUGUGCCAUUUGUUUGGACUUCUUCAAAGACCCUGUCAUUCUGAAAUGCGGCCACAAUUUCUGCCGGUUUUGUAUCUGCAUGCACUGGGAUGAAAAUGGCGGAGACUACGGGUAUCAGUGCCCUCAAUGCCGCACGGUGUUCAGCAAGAGAACUUUCACUAAAAACUACUUGGUGCAAAACCUGGUGUCCAAACUGGAUGAUUUGGAGUGUCUGGGCUCUUGUCCUACUCCGUCUAAGCCCGUCAACGUAGAUGGGAAGUGUGACCAACAUGGCGAAGAGCUGAAGUUGUUCUGCCAGACUGAUAAGAGGCCCAUCUGUGUUGUCUGCAGAGAAUCUAGAGCACACAGACACCAUGAGGUAGCACCAGUGCCAGAAGUUGUGAAUGACAUGAAGAUGGAGUUGAAACUGAGGCUAAUGGAGCUCAACUGGCAAAAGUCUCAAUGUGUAAAAGUUCUAACGGCUGAUGAGCGCACCAGAAGUGAAGCGAGGUUGAAGAAAAAGAGACUGAAGGAAAAGAUCGAGGCAGACGUCGGGGCCCUGGUCCAGUUCCUGCUGGAUGAGAGAGACUCUCUGCUGGAGAGCCUGGACGCCGAGGAAGUGGCCACCAUGGCUGUAAUAGACGAAAACUUGAAGAUCGUGGAAACGGAGACGGCAGCUGUGGACAAAGCUAUAUCGAACAUCCACAGUCACAUCAGUGGGAAGACUAGCUUUGAGAGCCUGGCUGAGACAUUCGACGAAGUCAUCCAUAGCAAGCCGUUCACAUCUCUCGAGCCAGUGAAUAUUCAGACUGAAUUCACCGACUUCUCAGGGCCCUUCCAGCUUAUUAUGUGGAAGAAAAUGAUGCAUGUGCUGCACACAAUGCCCCAGAACCUCACCCUGGACCCAGACACCGCCCACGCAAACCUGCUCAUCUCAGACUUUGACACAAAGGUGGAGGAGGGGCGUGUCCGUAUCCAGGAGCCAGACUUGCCAGCCCGCUUCAACCGCUUCUGCGGUGUCCUCGCCACAGCCCAGUAUGCCAGCGGCCAGCACUACUGGGAGGUGGAUGUGAAGGACAAAGGCGUGUGGUACCUGGGAGUCACCACCGAGUGCAGCAACAGGAAGGGCUUCGUCAGCCUCACUCCCUCUGCGGGAUACUGGAGCCUGUGUCUGCAGGACCGGCUUUACGCCAACGGAGAGGACGGGCGUAUCCCUGUCGCCGACUACUGGAACUCUCCUCGGGUUGGCGUGUACCUGGACUAUGACAACGGGCGUCUUAGUUUCUAUGACGCCGUCACCAUGAAGAGACUGUUCAUGUUUGACACGUGCUUUGAGGAGCCUGUCUAUCCUUUCUUCAGCCCAGGGAAGAACGAUCCGGGCAGCAGGCUGCAGAUAUGUCACUAUUACUAAAAAACAAACAAAAAACAAAAAAAACGGGAAAACUCUUGUGCGCUGGUGGUUUCAGAACUUAGUAAAGUUUUAUCAGGCUGGAGUUGCCACUCUGAGCCUUGUACUGUACGCAUUUCAGCUGUUACUCGUUGGUCUCUGUGGAUGGAGGAGGGAAAAAAAAUGGUUGUGAGGAAGAACUUUGUUACUUCUAAUUUAACUCGGUAUCUUCUGAGCUAGACACACACUGUAGGCUUACACCCCUGGCUGCAGUAGCUGUGGGGUUGGGAGAGGUGCUUUGCUGUCUCUAUCACUGUGUCUGUGCAGGAUCUCAGAUGCUCUAGUUGAGGACACACACGGCUCUUAUCCUAUUAGAACCAGCUAUGCCAUUCCUCUGUAUAUAAACUCCUAGUUUGGAGAGGCAGGUGGCUGUUCCCCAUGUCAUCACAUUGAUAGUGUUUGACAGUUAAGAGUCCCCCAUUAAUUCUGCAGAGCGGCGAGUCUGUGCUGAUUGUAAACAGAAUGAAUCGACUUACAAUCCGUUCAGCUCUCAGACUCUGCUUUGACUUCCAGGACAAAUAGCAUGAGUUGUUUGUUUUUGUGGACGGUAAUGUAAGCGGAGAAUUUUAUCUCAAGCCUUUUUAAAGUCAUCUUACUCGUCUUCUGUGUUUAAUCUGUACUUUGUUAACAACUUUGGACUUGUCAGUUCUUCUGAAUAUUGCUUUCAGUUACAUUUCGCUUCUUUUUUUUUCUUUUUUUUAAAGUGGGCAGUGACGGGUCGACCUGUACACGUGUUACUUUCACUUAAAAUCCAGCUAAAACUUUCACCAUUCAUGGCCAGGAGGUUGUUGGAUUAAAAUGAGAAUUUAUGGGAUUGACACAUGACCAGGUGCAUCUGUUAAUAUUAUUUUAAUAAUCUUGCUUUAGAUAAUUAACUAACUGUCGGUCCUUGUGCUGCAUCUCUGUCCUGACAUCUUUGUCAUCUUUCAAGUUGAUUAUCAAACACUGAUCACUCUGAUUAUUUUAGAAUCUGUAAUGUGUGUUUUUAUUUGGUUCUGAUUAUAUAGUACACGUAUCUUGACAAUCAUAUGUACCUUUUUUUUUUUUUCUGCUUCACUAAAUUUUGAUUUAAACUUUUUAUUCGUUGAGACUGUUUGCUUAAGCGGUUAUGGAACAUCAACUGAAAUGUUUGCAUCUUCCAUGGCUGUGAAGUGACUCUUUUUUUUUUUUUUUUUUUUUUUUUUUUAAAUUAUAGAGGAGCAUAAAAAAAAAAAACA